AUGUUUGCGUUAGUCUGUCAUAAUAGUCUGAUAGUUAUCGUACGCAUCGGUGCGGUUCUCUAUACAUGGGAACUGACAGACUUUUUCGAAACAAAAACUGGAAACGUUUGUCAAAGCUGCGUCCUUUCCCCUACAGUAUUCAACUGUGCAAUUGACUGUAUAAUGGGCACUUCUUGUCGGCCUUCAAGAAGUGUACAAAUCAGGCCGUAA